GAAGUACCCCCUCACACAUCACCCCUCCCUCUCCUCCACCACCAUAAUACAUUCUGCUAGCCCCUCCCACCGAGCAGCAAGGCUGAGCUCUUACCACAUCCACCCUUAGUGACACUCACCCAGAAACAGGGAUACAGGCAGCGCGCUCUGCACGGUGAGCACGGGGAGACUAUUAGCAGCUCGCUCUGCACGGUGAUCUCGGGGAGACUAUUAGCAUGUAAACAUAAUAGCACAUUAACCCUUUGCUGGUAGCCAGAGAUACGGAUUGUUCAUGUUACAUGUGAUGUAUCUUGGUGCUAUACAUUCACAGCAGUGUGAUUGCAUUAGAUGGGUGGGUAGCCUUUAUUACUUGAAUAUCAUAGGGGAGGUAUGGAAAUAUAUGUGCGUGUGUUCUGUUUUGUAUCUUUAUCUAUUGUGUGUGUGUUCUAUUUUGUAUCUUUUUUUAAUCUGUGUGUGUUCGAUUUUGUAUCUUUAUCUGUGUGUGUUCUAUUUUGUAUCUUUAUAUAUCUGUGUGUGUGUGUUCUGUUUUGUAUCUUUAUCUAUUGUGUUAGUGUUCUAUUUUGUAUCUUUUUUUUAAUCUGUGUGUGUUUUAUUUUGUAUCGUUAUCUAUAGUGUGUGUGUGUGUGUGUGUGUGUUCUACUUUGCAUCUUUAUUUAUCUGUGUGUGUUCUAUUUUGUAUCUUUAUUUAUCUGUGUGUGUUAUAUUUUGUAUCUUUAUCUAUAGCUGAGGUCGGUACAUCUAUAGCUAGUGCAUUUUGUUUGUCACAUUCUGUAAACAGAGAUGGGUGAAAGGGAUUCGAUUUCAAGCUGCGCAUGUGAAGAGAUUGUACAAUGAAAUUGCUUUAAUAUGUAUCAAACGCCUAAUCCACAGCUGGGAGGAAGGCAUCAUGUACAAUAUGUAUAAUGGCCUUCUGAGUUGUUUUUUCUUUUACUCCAAACAAGUCCAGCAUCCAAACACAGCUGCUGGGUAAUUGCAGUUUCCAGAAUAUCAUGGCUGGCAGAGGAUUCUGGGAAAUGUAGUUCAACAGCUAGAGGGCUAGAGCUGGAUGCACUUGGAUUUUAAUUUUGCCUUAUUCUGUGAUGCUGCUAUUGACAAUCUCAAAAUACUUAGUUCAUACAUCCCUUUUCAAUUUUUCACCUGUGGGUUUGUCAUAUUGCUGAUUAGUGACCUAUAUUAUUUUUUUAAAUAAUUAAAAUGCAACUAGGAGUUUUAAUAUAAUUUGUCACUUUAAAGUAGGGUUUGGUGUACAGUCUAUUUAAGCCGCUUAACACUUAAUAGCUGUAUUAUAAAUAGCCCUCCUUAACUGGGACAGAGAAGAUCAAGGGACAUUUAUGGGAACAAAUGACAUCAGGAGAGAACACAAUCAGGUGGAUUUUCUUUGAAAAUAUUGACAUCUGGAAAUCCGUUUGAUAGAUGAUGGUCUUAUUUUAAAUGCGGACAGACACAUAUUCAGAGGUUAAUGUGGCCAGCAGUAUCAAAUAUAUGGGUUUAAUAAUACCAUAGGCUAUAAAAGGCCAAAGCAUGGGGAUUGAAGAAAAAAAAUAUAGAUCUAUGGGGGGGUUGGUUGAAUGUGGCCUGAGGGACCUCACAUGGUAAAUAAUGAAUUAGGCCGGCAUAGUGAGGCUGUUCCUCUAUGACAUGAAUACAUGAUGCUAAAAUGUUAGUGUUAUAUAAUGUGUGUAUAUAUAAACUGUACAGCCAUGGAAGGUAAUCAUGGUGGCAAUUCCCAGUGUGUUAUUCCAUUACAUGGAUGUAUGAUUCUGUGUGCACACUAUAGUAGUAUACUAGCACUAGUAUACACUUGUCUUUAGGUUGCAUAGAGAAUGAAUCUCUAUAUUAUCUGUGAUUUAAUAAUUCAUAUGUUUGUAUAUUUCUCAUUGUGUUGUCUGUUGGCAUCGAUAGAUGAUGCAGACUGCGAUGGAUAUACUUGAAUAUGUUAGGCUAUCUUGUGCUUUACCUUGGAUGGUCAGUAUUUGGGUGUAUAUUACUGGCAUGCUGCCCUAACAUUCUUAUGUAGGAAAAUUAUUUUUUAUUCAUCUAUCUGUAUCUAUGUCUCCUAGACUGUCUUAUACCUAUAUUUAUUUAUCUAGCUAGGGGGGCUACAAUGCAGUAGAGGGUGUUGAAAUUAAACCAUCCAAGGUGACAAAUGCCACGAGUUCACCCCUAGUUCAUGGAACAAGAUGCUGUCAGUGGACACUAAUCAGACAUGGAGUACAUCCUGUUCUGGGGAUUCCCUGUGUUUAUUUCAAAUUUAGCUAGCUAUGAUGUGGCAUAUUUCAAUCUAAAUUUACAUUUGUUAAAAGUUAUUUAUACUCCUAAAUUAUUUUAAUUUAUAAAUAAAAUGUGCAAUGCAAUGCUGUCAUGAAACUGUGUUUCUAAAAGCUACGCUUCAAAGUCCAUUGCCAAGUCAACCUGAGGGAUAUAAAUGUCUGAGCUUAAUAAGAGUAUUUGGCUAGCCAUUGAUUAAUCUGAAGGUGCUCAGACUGGGAUAAACAAAACUGUUGAAUGCCUGAGUUGUUAUCUAACCUACGCUUCUGGGGCAACGCUGUCAAAGUAGAGUAACUGCUUAAAACAAAUGAGUAAAAGAUGUGUGAUUAAAAAUUUUUUUUUUCUUUUUAAUAAUUUCAUUUGUUUUAUGGCAAACAGCCCAAACUUAAUUUACCUUGGGCUAACGCCCACACAUAAGCACACCCAGAUCUGUACUGAGAUACGCUCUCAGCCAGUGAGCUAAGCCUUGUUUAGGAACUUCCUGCUUUCUAGUGUUAGUAGUAGAGGCAGGCAGCAGCACCUGGCGAACCCCAGAUUUAAGAAAUCAAACUGUUAAAAAACGGUUUGACUAGUUGCACUGGAGGAGUGCAAGAACACUGCUGGAACCUUAACCACUAAAGCAAGCAAUAGUAGUUUUGGUGCUAGGAGGGGUGGCCACCCACCUAUAAAUAGAAUAAGAUUAAAGUCAAAAUGUAUUCCUCCACCACCUACCUGGUGUACGAAAAGGUGGCAACUAACAACUAAAUGAUUGAGCUGCCUUUUGCUAUAGCACCCGUUUUGGGGUAGGGGUAUAGAUGAUUUAAUAAAGAGGGACCUGCCUAUUGUCUCUCGCUAUUCCUCCCCUUCCAUUCACUGUAAAUGAAUGUUUAACAAUAUUUGGAGAUCCAAUGGAACCCAAAUGGGCAAGGACCUCAGGGUUCUUUUAUAAACAUAUCAGGGAACUUCCAGUUUCUUUUAAACAUGCUGUUGGAUGCCCAAUCUUUUGGCAUGGAAGGUCCCUCAUAGUAUCUCCUAGUAAUGUCAAGGGAUGCCCAAUCCUUAUGGCCCACUCUAAGAAUAACCCAGCCUCUCCCUAUAUACAGUUGGGUAAAAGGAGGCUAAGUAUAUAACCAGGGGCAUACCUAGAGCAUUUGGCACUUGGGGUGGAUCCAGCUUUCAGAUGUAAAAAACACCCACCAUUUUUUUUUCAAGAAUAUUUACUGCAAACAUUUGUAAACUGUGUGUUAGAAAGAAUCUCCUCAAGGCCACAUUAGAGACUACAGUGGAGUCUAAUGUGCCCUGGAGAAGGGUCUCUCUAGCACUCUGGCCCGAUUCACAAUAUAGUAAUGUAACAUAGCUCUCUGAUACCCAGGCAAUACAUACAAGUUGGCUCUUUACACCUUAUUUACUGAUGCUGGCUGGUUGUUGCAGUUGGCAGGCUGGCUGGUUGGCUGCUGUGGCUAGCUGGCUGGCUGGCCUCUUUCUUCCACUAGCAGGCGUCUGUUUCUCCCCAAACCCCUCUGUGUGUCUCAUUUUCCACUUCACCUCAGUGUGUCUCCCCCAACCUCUUUCUGUGUCUUUUGGGGUACACAGGUGAAGAUGAUUUUGGAGCCCCACUCCAUAAAAAAACAUCUUCACCUGUGUCCCUCUUAACCCGCCUUUUGUUUCUUAUCCCCUUUUUUAAAUGUCUUACCACCUUUAGUAUCUUACCCCUUAUUUUUUCCCCAUUGUGUGUCUUACACUUCCCUUGCAUAUCUCUUACUACCCCUUUGUGUUUCUUACUCCCUCCCCAGCCUCUGUCUCCUUCUCUCCCAGCCCCUUUGUGUUUUUUACUCUUACCAGCUCCUUUGUGUGUUUCUCUUUUACCACCAGCCCCUCUGUGUCUCUUUUUCCUCUUCUCCAGCACCUCUUUGUCUCUUUCACCCCCAGCCCCUUUGUAUUUCCACUCACAGGCCCCUUUGUGGACUUUCUCACCCCCAGGUCCAUCUGUUUGUCUUUCUCCCCCCUCAUGUCUCUCUGUGUGUCUUUCUCCCCACUCAGGCCCCCCUGUGUGCCGUGCCACUCUCCCCUCCAUGUCCCUUAGUGUUCCUCUCUCCUCCCCUCCGUGUUCAUAUAUGGUCCUCUCCCUGUCCCUUAAUGGUCCUCUCCCCUCUAUGUCUCUUAAUGUUCCUCUCCCCUCCCUCCCCUGUCCCUUAGUGUUACUCUCCCCUCCCUUCCCUGUCCCUUAGUGUUCCUCUUCUCUCCCCCUUACCUCUCUUAGUGCCCCCCCCUUUCCCCUUAAUGUUCCUUUUUUAGUGGUCCCACCACUUCCCCAGUGUUCAUUUUCCCUUCCAUUCCCUCCCCUUUACCUUAGUGCCCCCCUUAAUGUUCCUCCCCCCCCAGUGUUUCUCAACCCUCCCUCUUUUUUUGUGUUCUUCCCCCCCUCCCCUGUCCCAUAGCAUUCUUUAGUCCAAUAGUGUUCUCCUCCUCCCCCUCCCAUGGUGUUCCUUCCCCUCUCUCCCAUGGUGCUCUUUCCCCCCUCCCAUGGUGUUCUUCCCCUCCCAUGGUGUUCUUCCCCCUCCCAUGGUGUUCUUCCCCCCUCCUUGGUGUUCUUCCCCCCCUCCCAUAGUGUUUCCUUCCCUCCCAGGUGUUCCUUCCCCCUCCCAUGGUGUUCUUUUCCUUCCUCCCAGUGUUCCUUCUCCUCCCUCCCAGUGUUCCUUCCACUCCCUCCCAUGGUGUUCCUUCCACUCCCUCCCAUAUGUUCCUUCCUCCCCUCCAUAAUGUUGUUCCCCUCCUCCCUCCUAUGUGUACUCCCUCCCCUCCCAUAGUGUUACUCCCUCCCCUCCCAUAGUGUUACUCCCUCCCCUCCCAUAGUGUUACUCCCUCCCCUCCCAUACUGUUACUCCCUCCCCUCCCAUAGUGUUACUCCCUCCCUCCCUCCCAUAGUUUUACUCCCUCGCCUCCCAUAGUGUUCCUUCCCCUCCCUCCCACAGUGUUACACCUUCCCCUCCCACAGUGUUACACCUUCCCCUCCCACAGUGUUACACCUUCCCCUCCCACAGUGUUCCUUCCCACCAUAGUGUUCCCUCCCCCCAUAGUUGCCCUCCCCAACCCCAUGGUUGCCCUCCCCCUUCCCAUGGUUUCCCUCCACCUUCCCAUGGUUGCCCUCCCCCUUCCCAUAGUUGUCUUCCCCCUUCCCAUAGUUGUCUUCCCACUUCCCAUAGUUGUCUUCCCCCUUCCCAUAGUUUCCUUAUGGCGUUCCUUCCCCCUCCUAGUUUCCUCCCCUUUCCAUGGUUUUCUCUCCCCCUUAGUGCCCCUCUUUCUUCCCCCUUUGACCCCGGUGUGUCUCCUACCAUUCUUGUAGCGUGGCCGAGCAGAGUAGAUGACAGGAGCUUCCGUUUCCUGUACCCGGCUUGACUGACAGGAAGUGCUCUCUCGGUGAGUACUUCCUUUCAGUCCGGCCGGGUACAGGGAACAUAAGUUCCUGUACCGUGGUGCGCAAUGCUCUACCCUGUCACGCUAAACACGCUGUGCGCCCACCUCCUGCCGGUCACUCCAAUCUAGUGCUCCCUGGGCCGGUGCACCUUAAGGCGGCUGCUUGUGCCAUCUUAUGGAUGCGCCAGCCCUGUCCAUACCCUCUAUGUGUCUCUAUGUCCCCCUCAGCCCCUCUGUGUGUCUUUGCCUCCCUUCCUGUGCUCUCUUUAGGCCCCUUGCACACUUUAGUUCCCCUCCCUGCCCAUUUUUGUCCCCCACCCUGUGCCCUCUUUUGCUCCCAUCCCCUCCUGUGCCAUUCUUUGCCCCCCACCGCCUGUCCUCUUUAGUCCCCCUUCCCUCCUGUGUCCUUCUUUGUCCCCCCCCCUUCUGUGCCCUCUUUAGCCCCCCUCCUCUGUGCCUGCUCAACCUCACCUGAGGCAGGUGGUUCACAGCAGAGAAGGUUCUGUUUCCUGUACUCAGUCCGGCAGGAAGCAGUUCUAUGCUCUCUGUAAGCACUUCCAGUCGGGUAGGGGAACAGAGGCUCCUCUAUAGUAGUCUGCCUGCUCAGUCACACUACCAUGGAGUGACCGGCAGGAGGAGAGUGCUGUCCAGUGAUCGGCCACCCUGAGUACACCACUGUAUAUUUCACAUGUUAUUAUACUCUCUCCAUUGGUGCGCGCUUUUAUUUAUAAUCUUUUUUUUCCUUGUGUCAGAUCUUUGUACUGGGGCACCUCCAUUUUUGUUUUUGAUGUCUGCAGUUUGCACAUUUGUAGGAUUCUUUCACCUGUUGGAUUGUGAUAGCAACAACAAUGGAACCUUGCUUAAGGUGAUUAAGAAGGCACUUUUCAUCUCAUUCAAGUAAUUAUAGAGUCUGGAAUCCCCUGGAACUGUCCUUUCAAUCAGCAUUAAACCAUUUUUAAUAUUAAAUGAUCCCACAGAGCCCAUCCCUUUAGUGCUGAUUGAAUUAAUGAGAAAGUAUUAGCCUAAGCAGCAAUGGGCAAUUGUGAUUGGCUGAGUGUCAUUGCAAGUAUUACUUGGUACAGCUAGAAGGAAGUGUGUAAUCUCAGCCAUAGCUCCCCUAGGGAUCCUUAAGAGUACAGAUUGCUAACAUGUGAUUUAACAUGGUCUGUGUCAUUUUUAUUUUUGUAGAAUAACGUCAUAUUUCUAUUCAUUUUUAAACACAUGAUCGUCUGUUUAGCUUUCUCACUGUCAGAGUUAUGAUGUUAACUGCUUUCAAGAUGUAGUAAUUUUUUUUCUUCUUUGGAAAAAUGUAUAUAGCAACAAUAAUAUUACAUUCUUGAGGUUGUAAGACCUAUAAAGUUAAAGGAUGAGCUGGGUUUUUUGUCCCUGAUUUGAAAGCAAUAUAUUGUACUCUAAUUGCUGCAUGGAACACAUCUGCCAGUUUCAAGUUUGGUAUGUUUAUAUAAAUGGAGGAAUGGGAAAGGAGCAGAUGACAGGGCAAGGCCUCGAUUGAAAUGCUAUUGCAUUGGAAGCAUUCAUUCCUGCUGUUGAAUGUGGUGUUUAUACGUGAAUUGAACACAUGGAGGCUUUGUGAAUCCAAGUUAUCCUAUCAUUUUAGUACAAUGAAUAAAAACGGUAAACAGCCUUACUCCUUUUUAAUGUAAUACAAGCUGGUGGUGUCAAUAAACAGCAUAAUAACUAUUGUUAUAGGCACUUUGCUGUAUUCAUCCAACUUUCUGUGGGUUUUCUUCUGCUGUGUGAUUUUACAUAUUUUGUCCCUUUACUUUCUGUGGGUUGUGUAUUAGACAGUGAUGCAACUUUCCACAAUAUGCUUAUGACAUUGUUCACAUGAAUAGUAUUGUUUUUUGGUUUUUUUCAUACCUCCUAACAUUUCAAAUAGACAAAGCAGGGCACUUCAAUUUUAGGGGUGUGAGUGGGGGUUUAGCCAGGGACAGGGCAGUUUAAGACAUUUUAAAGGGACACUGUAGGCACCCAGACCACUUCAACUUAUUGAAGUGGUCUAGGUGCCAACUACCAUCACCCUUAACCCUAGAGUGGUAAUCAUUGCAGUUUUUAUAAACUGCAAUAACUACCUGCUAGGGGUAACUCCUCCUCUAGUGGCUAUCUACCAGACAGCCACUAGAGGGACUUCCGGCUUCUUAGAUGACUUUUGGUCGUCUAAAUGACGCUUGACAUCCUGACGCUAUGCAUGAGGACCUCCAGAGUUGCCGGAAUCUCCAUAGGAAAGCAUUGAUUAAUGCUUUCUUAUGGGGAAAUCCUAAUGCGAGCGCGGCUAUUGCCGCGCAUGCUCAUUAGGUCUCCCCUGUCGGCAGGGGAGGAGCAUGGGCUGAGAUGAGCCAUCACCGAGGGACAUCGGCGUUGGACCCAGGUAAGUGACUGAAGGGGUUAUUAACCUCUUCAGCGCCGCUGGAGGGGGCCUUGACAGAGAGGGAAGCUAUAGUGUCAGGAAAACGAGUUUACAUUUUUGGUAGCCUAACAUAAUUUUUACAACUAAAAUACAAUUUAGAACAGAAACAAUAUAUAUUAUAUACACAGACUGAUUUUUAAACACAUUUAUAAUAUUAUUAAUAUUUAUAAAGCGCCAGCAAAUUCAGCAGCAAUGUACAAUGGGUGGACUAACAGAUGCUCCACAUACAGACUCCUACCACAGGAACAGAUGAAGUUGAGGGCCCUGUUUAAACAAACUUCUUAUACACUCCGAUACACCAACAAUAUGGAGCUCCUAGAAAAGAGGGACAUUGGGCAGCAAAGAGUGACAGAGGGAAUGAAGUCCAAAAUAUGGACUGUCCUUCCUAAAUAGGGACACUUGGAAGAUAUGUAUUUUAUUUUUUCAGUUUUUCUUUCCUUAUACCCUUUUGUACCCUGAUUAUGCCGCUGACACUUGCCUUCAUUUAUAUGUAUUAUCUAUUCUGCCUUGUAUUUUGUUUUCCUCUCUCUGAUGUCUGCAGAUUCCUGUUCUGUCGAAUACUUUUGACUAAUUAUUAUUAUUAUUAUUAUUAUUAUUAUUAUAUUAUUAUUUAUAUAGCGCCAUCAAAUUCUGCAGCGCUUACAGUGGGUGGACAAACAAACAUGUAGUUGUAACCAGACAAGUUGGACACACAAGAACAGAGGGGUUGAGGGCCCUGCUCAUAGAGCUUACAAUGAGUUUACAUGCUAGAGGGAAUGGGGUAAAGUGAGACAAAGUUAAGGAUAGUAUUAAUGCAUUGUGGGUAAAUUAACCCAGUAGCUGAAAUGGAUGAAUAUAGUUUCACAAAAAACAAAGGGACUUCAACAAUUGUUUUUUAGCAACACAUCCACUAGAAUAAGAUUUAGUGGCCCAUAGUGCUUGGAGUGAUUAUUUAUUUUAAUUUUUUUUCUUGUAAAAUGCAACUAUUUCAGUAACAUUGGGAUGUAAAAGAGGUUGCUCAGUACACUGAAAAUAAUAUUCAUUAUGCAUCCCUGAGGAAGGUUUGGAAGCACUCAGCAUCUGACAUGAGUAUGCUGACGCCAGACAUCAUAUUAAUGCAGCAAUUGAAUUUUGUGUUGGUCCAAAGCCCCCUAUUGGAUGUCUGAUGGACAUUAGUAGGCGUGAUAAUUGAAUAAGGCGUGAAAAGGGUAUUGUUUACUGCAGCUAGAAGCAGUAUCUAAAACCCCAGAUCACUUAAUUAAGAUGAAAUUAUAUUAGCUCUUUAAUGUCAUUUCAGAAGACACUUCUGUUAUAGGGAAUUCAUCUAACAAAAUAUGCCUGGUAACUAGGGGGGCUUUUGUCAAACAAUCAAUAGUUCUAUACAAUGUGGGUUUUAUAGAAUUUAGGAUUGAUAUUUCAUGUUGUAGGGGCCAGUAGAACUUAAUAAACCACACAAAAAUUAAGUGAUUGACCAAAUAAUGCUCUAAAUUUAGGGGAGGGGAAAACUAAAUGUUUCCAUUGUCUUAGAAAUUAAUCACUCUCUCCUGGAGGUAGGCAUAACAUACAAUAAAUACACCCCCCCGCUCCCCCAGGGGCUGAGUAAGGUGAACAGGGGCUGAGUGGGACAGGGGCUUAGGAGAGGGAGACAGGAGCUGAGGAAGGGAACAGGGGCUGAGGAUGAGGGACAGGAGCUUAGCAGGGCGGACAGAGGAUGAGGAAGGGGGACAGGGGAUGAGGAAGGGGGACAGGGGAUGAGGAAGGGGGACAGGGGAUGAGGAAGGGGACAGGGAUGAGGAAGGGGACAGGGGCUGAGGAGAGGGACGGGACUGAGGAAAAGGGACGGGACUGAGGAAGAGGGACAGAAGCUGAGGAAGAGGGCCGGGGCUGUGGAAGGGGUCAGGGGCUAAGGAAGGGGCACAGGGGCUGAGGAAAAGGGACAGGGGCUAAGGAAGGGGGACAGGGGCUAAGGAAGGGGGACAGGGGCUGAGGAAGAGGGACAGGGGCUAAGGAAGGGGGACAGGGGCUGAGGAAGAGGGACACGGGCUGAGGAAAGGGACAGGACCUUGGGGGGGGGACAUGGCCUGAGUAAGGUGAUUAAAAAAAAGUGCAUCCCCCCCUCCCUGAGGCUUACCUUGAGCCAGGAGGGGUGGGACAGGAUCUGGGGCCUGAAACCUGCAGUCAGUGGAGUCGGCCGGCCUCUCCUGAUGAUGUCAGAAGGAGGGGGCGUGACUUUGUCUGCUCUUCUCCCAGACUCCCCAGUGGUCCUGGGAGAAGAGCAGUGAAAGUCACACCCCCUCCUCCUGACAUCAUCAGGCGAGGCCCGCCGACUCCACUGAAUGCAGGAUGCAGGGAGAGAGGUGAGUUUAAAAAUCCGAGUCCCCAGAGGCAGGGGAUUUGGAUUUGUGCUCCCCCUGCUCUGGUGGCUGCUUGUGCCAGCCCUGGGUCCUGCAGGACUUGUAACUGUGAUGGUGUUCCUGCUGUAGAUAAACUGCAAGAACGCCGUUCCCACGCGUUCCUGCAGGACUCGAGCCCUGGUACCAGGCAUAGCUAAAUGAUAAAGCAUCCUAAUCUGUGUUAUUGUCUUUUUAUUAGACAUUGUUGUCUCUGCCUAUCAUUCCUUACUAAUCCUUACCUGCUGCCAACCAGCUAAAAUAAGUGUCCCUGUUUGGACCUUAAAAUGUUUUCUUUAAAAAUUUAAUUUAGUUGGUGUUCAUUAUGAAAACUGCAAUGCCUUCUAGUGGGAGUCCUUCACAAAUGGGAAUUGUUUGUGUUUUGUGCAAGCAUUUCUACAGCCAGGUUUAGAGGGAAUCCAUCUGUGCAUAGUGUCCUUGUUCAGUAUACUCCCCUGUUGACACAAACUACCCUAGUUACCCGUUUCACAAACUGCAUCUCUGAAGAUUGUGUAUUAUAUACAAUCUACAUAUACAUGAUAUGAACAAAUAAAACGAAAUGAGUUGGAAACACGCAUGAGCUGUUCAUUCAUAAACCUUUUUAAUUAGCAGGGUUGUUACUACUGUGGCAUGUUAAAGGGUUAGUGUAAUGUCCUUCUUUUUUUUAACUGAAAGGGCCCUUUUGGGCCCUAACAGGUACAUCUGCCCCCUCCCCGUUUAUACUUUAUUACCUGUUAAAAUUAGGCUUUACAUUUAAAGGGACACUGUAGGCACCUAGACCACUUCAGCUCAUUGAAGUAGUCUGGGUGCAAUGCCCCAUGUCCCUUUACCCUACAGUGGUAAUUAUUGCCGUUUCUAAGUAACUGCAAUAAUUACCUGCUAGAGUUAACUCCUCCAAUGGCUGCCUACCAGACAACCACUAGAGGGACUUCCAAGUGCUUAGACAACUUUUGGUCCUCUAAACCAGUGUUUCCCAACCCAGUCCUCAAGGCACACCUACCAGUCCAGGAUUUAGGGAUUACCCAGUUGUGUCUAAGGUGUUUUUACAAAGAAGAAAAAAAACACCUUAGACACAACUGGGUAAUCCCUAAAUCCUGGACUGGUAGGUGUGCCUUGAGGACUGGGUUGGGAAACACUGCUCUAAACGACAAUGGAUGUCCUCAAGCUAUGCUUGGCAUAUAGCAUUUAAGUAUGUCAUGAUUUUGGCAGUAUAUUAUAUGCCUAGGCGGUUUCAUCUAUUUUGGUAUUUAGAACUCUCUAUUCAGAGAAUAACCAUGCUCCCAUUAAGUUAAAGGGAUAGUGUCCCUUUAAAGCAGAUCUUUCAUUGUGUGGGGAGUUUGCAUAUUAUAUAAAGACCCACAAUGGUGACAUUGUCACUGGGGUCCAGUGGCCGUGCGGGGUGCAGGAAAUGGUGAGAUUUACUUACCCGAACCUGACAGGCACUGCCAUUGUCUUUCUGUCGCUCCUCCUAUGCUCCUGGUGCUUCAGCUGCCAGGGGCCAACGUCACUGAGAUCUAUGGAGGAUCCUGCAAGACAGCGAAAUAAUCCAUAGAAAGCGCUAAUUUUCUUGUAGCAACCACUGAGGGAAAUUACACAGCUUGAUGGUGAUCGUUCUGCCUAGUGUCAAGCAGUAGUCCCAACUUUAGUUUGUCUCAGUAUAUCUUUUGGGAUUUUCAUAGGUUGGGGGAUUUAAUGGGCUCAGAGUGCAUGCGAACACUCUGACUUGGCAAGUAGAGGAAAAAGAGAAGAGGAAGGGUGGAGUGGGAAAAAAUAUAACAGAGGGGAUAGGGAAGGUUACAAUCGGUGUGGGAGAAGCUAUUACAUCUGUUGGCAGUGUGCAGGGCACAGACAACAGAUGGAAAUUAUGCACACAAUUGACAUCAGGCAGCCAGGAACAGAGUUCUGGGUUGCUUAAGUUGUUUGUGGUGGAGGGUACAACUUGCCCCUGGCAUACAAUUGCCAGUAACACUGGAUGUGCAGUGUUUCAAGCUGAAACACUGCACAUCCAGGCUUAUACCACCAGGAAAACUUCAAAAACUGAAGUGAUCAUGGUGGUUGCAGUAACCCUGUAAAGACACAAUGCAGUAAGUAUUAUUGUUGUGGAGGUCUUUUAUACACUCUGAUACACCAAGAAUUUGGAGCUUCUAGAAAACAUGGUCAUAAGGAUUUGGACCCAAAAUAAGGACUGUCCUUCGUAAAUAGGGACUCUUGGGUGAUAUCAAAGUAUUCAGCAUUCAAAGUACUCUUCACCACAAGCAGAUCCCAUUCAACCACAUGUAAACAUGGCACUGCUCCAAAUUUCUUCUAUAAUACUCUUAGAUGAUCAUUAAAUAUUCAGUCAAUCAGACCACACUUAAGUUCUAGGAGAAGUAAUGUGGUUGAGGUCAGAUUUACAUGGUUUAAUCACAUCAUGUAGCUAGCUGUAAACAGUGGAGAGGGUGUGUUAUGCAUAUACCAGGUGUGCAGUAGAUUCAGUUUAAUGACCGAAUUGGAAAAAAGAACGCAUGCACUUUCAUUUUGUCCAAUGCAUACCCACACUUCACACUGUGAAAGAUGAGUUGAUGUCAUGGAAUUGACUGGGUUUCAUAAGAGGUUGGAAAGUGGGGUCUCUCAAGUAUGAUGCUUAAAUAUGACAUAAAUGUAUCCCAUAUCAAAUUUUUUAGUGAUGCAUUCAUUUUGUUUGUGCCCUCCUUAAAGGAAAACUGUAGGCUCAAUAACACGAACAUGUACUCCUAACCCUAUAGUGAUAAAACCACCUAUAGUGUCACUUUAAUUUCUAACAUGUUUGAGUUGCAGUAAACUGCGGUUAUAGUUAAAAAAAAAAAAUAAUGGGGGGGGGGUUCCAAUUGUCUAAAUCGGUUUGCUGGUUUGAAAUUGCUAACACUUGUCUGUUUUACUAACUGUCUAAAGAUACAGAAGGUUCAAACUGUGAUAUACAUCAGACUAUACAGCAUUAUUCAGUUUGUUAAAUCAUGUGCCAUUCCUCUGCUUGCAGAUACAGAAAAAUGCCGCAAACUCUUUGGACCUGUUUUCUUCUUAUUUUCCUUAUUCUCACACUGACUGAGGCAUCUAAGAAAGGGAAGAAAGGUGGCAGUUGGAACUCAAACAGGAACCCCAACCAACCUGGUGGAUCCUGGAGUGGCUGGAAUCAGGGGAAUACCGGACAAAACUGGGGACAGAAUUACUAUCCCGCUGGUGGAAACAGUUACAAUAACAAGCAAUGGAAACCUCCAAAGUCCAAAACAAACAUGAAGAUGGUUGCAGCAGGGGCCGCGGCUGGAGCCCUUGGGGGUUUCAUGCUUGGAAAUGCUGUUGGAAAUAUGAGGUAUCACUUUGACAAUGAUAUGGAGAGUCGUUAUUACAACAACUACCGAAACCAGAUGCCUAACCAAGUCUAUCGGCCCAUGUAUGGGGAGAACAUGCAUGUGUCACAGGACAGGUUUGUCUCUGACUGCUUCAACAUGACGGUUACUGAGUACGUUAUAAAGGAAGAUGAUGGGAAGAAUGCAUCAGAGAUUAACCAAUUGGACAGAAGUGUCAAGACAAAAAUUAUAAGAGAGUUAUGUGUGCACGAGUAUCAAAGGGGAUCUGGGUUGAGGGUGCUUUACAGUCCAAUAUUGAGCCUCUUUGUGGUUCUCUUUGUUUACUUUGUAGUCCAGUGAUGAGAAGAAAUGAUUUAAAAAAUAAAAUAAUUUGUGUAUUCACACUCCUAAAUAUGAACAGAUUCUAAAAUGUCCCAUACCAGAGCAUAAGUCAAUAUCUUAUUCCCUAUGUAAAAACUGCUUCUGGGAUCCUGUUUAGAUCUCCGUGAUGUUCUGUAAGAAUGUGUCCAUCACGUGUGUGUCGCAAAAAUGCAAGCUGCCAUAACCUACAUUUCACUUAGGUACAGACUGGUAUUACUUCUCUAGUUCAAAUUAUUAUUGUGGUGGUACAAUUCUAUGUUUUUAUUAUUAAUUUAGUUUCUAUUAUCAUUCACAUAUGUCCAAACCACCUUGCAAUUGCUUUGCUUGCAUAAAUAUGUGCAGAUUUCUACACUUGAGGAGCAUGUCACAUUUAUUUCAAUUAUUUUAGUUUUUUUGAGUAUUUUUUUUAUUUAUUUUUUUACCAGAAAUAAAUAAAGGUGGUUCUAAGUAUGAUAAAAUAUAUUGUAAUUGCCUAUAGAUUUCCAUUUCAAUAUUGUGUGCAGAAAAUGCACUUUUUAAAUGGGGUGUUCUAAUUCGGAAAAUAUUUAUGGAAUCUAAAAUGAAACUUUUGGCAUAGAUUUUUUUUUUUUUCUGAUGAACAGUUGUUGAAUUCAUAAGAUGAACAGUUGUUGAAUUCAUUUUUUUACCACUUGGAACAUUCAUCCCAUUAACUAUUAACUGAAAGUAUUCAACGGUUCCAAGUAGAGGGAAUGGGCUACAUUCUGUAAGAGUCAACAAAAUGGUAAUUUUGUAUAACACUAUAUAUAUAAAUUAUUUCUCCAGAAUUUAAGUGUACCUGGUAUACACAACAUUUACAUUUUAUGUACAACACGUUGAUAUAAUCCAUUGUGAUAUGUAUGUAAAUAGAUUACAUUCUCUUGUCAAUCAGAUUUUGCUGGUUUAAGAGAUUACAGAUAUAUGUUAAGUGGUGAUUUCCUAUAAAUGAAAGGGUCAGUUAAUGCAGUUUCUCAUCCAUAUACAUGUAUCACAUGGGGUACCUCUGGAGGAGCCAAGGAGUGUCUCAGUACAGGUUUAAUUUCAAUUUGUAUUUGCUAGGAAGUAAAUUAACGCUUAGGCUUAAAGAUGUUUCUUGCACUUGGCAAGGAAAAAGGCUGUGGACUGCAAUGUGUUUGAAUGUUUGCCAAACCAUGCAAAGAAGGAUGUAUUGUCCCAAUCACCCCACUAGGGUUUAAAUAAAUAUUACCAAUAGUAUGUCUUUAUAUGUUCUGCUGCAAAAACCGCUGAUAUGGAAAAUAUUGCCAUGGAAUAAAAGUUUCUUCAUCUUCAUCCUCUGCAUGCCUCUACAUUGGUACUGAUAGAUAUAUAUAGUUAUCAAAAUUAAUAGCAUGGUUCCAACCAUUAACACAGUUAAGUUCAUGGGACAUUUCUUCCAUCAUUGAAAUGUUCUCAACACAAUUUUCCUUUUGUUUUUUGGUUUGUUUUAUUGCAAAACAUUAAACUUUUAACAUAUCUGUAAAAAUUCUUGUUUUUUUGGCAGCAAUCCUUACCAAGUCAGAGCCAAUUCUUGUGAUGUUAUGUUAUGAACAAGAACCUGGUGGCGAAAAAACAUUUUAUUUCUUACAUUUGUAACAUUUACUCCAGCCAGCCUCGAUGUGUAGUCAUAACCGAGGUUUCCAUGAACAUACUUAUUGUAGAGUGAGAAUUGCUGGAAGGGGGGGAGAGAGAGUAUAUAUAUAUAUAUAUAUAUAUAUAUAUAUAUAUAUAUGUGUGUAUAUAUAUAUAUAUAUGUGUGUAUAUAUAUAUAUAUAUAUAUAUAUAUACAUACACACAUUAAAUGGGUUAACUAGCCUACUUUUGUGAGCUUACAAUCCAGACAUGAUCCUUGCAUAUUAUAUUGUACUUAUUCGCUCUACAACUUCCAUGGCAACAGCUACAAGAAAUUCUUGUAGUAUAUAAAGAUAUACCAGUUACCAUGGUAGCACUCUAAUUUCUGCCGUAUAUUUUCUGAAUAAGCAACACCAACAAUUUCAGAUGUUCUGAGGUACAUCUCUCAUGAUGCUUUGCCAGCCUUUUGAAUAGCGGCACUUUGAGUUAUGUAGCACACAGCAGCUGUAAUAGCAAAUAGUAUCUAUCCAAAGUGCAGUGCAUGUACAGGCACUGGUGCUUAAUGGGGUCCUGACUGUCCAAAGGAAUGCUGAGUGGGGUUCUUAACCCGAGAAUGCUAGGAAAGUUUACUAAUAGUCAGUAAGGAAACUGUUUGUGUUGUUGUCAGAAUUUAUAUAUAUAUUUUAUAAAUAAACUCCCCACCCGCACAUACACAGAUUUACAGUAACUCUUGCAUUUUAGUCUACAAGCUUGAUGUUAUAGAUAAAUGAAAAUGUGUGUGGUGACUGGUAACUAGAAACCUCAAGGGGAAAAAAAAAUUUUUUUCACCCUUUUUAAAAAAAAGUAAAAGGGUUAUUUCAAGCACUAUGACAACUUGAGUGAUUUGAAGUGGCGAUGGUGCCUGGAAUCUGCAUGUGCAUGAUAUGCUGCACAUACAGAGUUUAACCAUAUGUUCCAUGUGGAGCUUGCUAAUGUCAGAUUUGUACAUAUUGGACUUGACUAAAGGAGUCCAGUGGUGUCACAGCCCUACUCUCUGUGCUGCCUCAAUCCUCCUCUCAACCUGUCCUCCCUGACAUCAAAGGGGGAGGAUCAGGCAGCCAGGUGAAUUUGGCCUCAACACUAUGAAAAGUAUGAUUUUUUUUUUAUUUAGUUUUGUUUUAGGGAGGGCAGGGAAGUAAGGGUUACACUAAUCAAACCCAGUGUUUUAAUAAAAAAGACUGCAUUUUGGUUUGAGUAAACCUCUAAAAAUGUGUCUCUAAUGGUAGAAUAAUCAGGAGCCUGAGCUUGUUUUUUAUUCUGAAUAUUUUCCAUAGCUUAGUUUGGUGAUGUACCUAACAUUUGGUGUUCUAUUUGUCUUACACUCUAAAGUUCUAUUUCCCUCAAUCCAUACAUUCCUACUCCAUGCUACUUUUAGUGUUCCCAAUCUGAAGUUACGGUACACUGACUCCAUUCUGUGUCCAAGCAAAGAUACUGACAUGAAUUUUUUUUUUUUUUUUGCAACCUAUGUAAAUCACAUUCCAUUUACUCUGUUAACAACAUUGUGUUAUGCUGUUUAUAAUAAAUACUGUGGAUUGAACAGUCACUGUGUGUAAUGUUCUUUAAAAUGUUGUCAAGGUCAAAUACGGUAAUUGCAGGAAAAUCCAUAUAAUUCCUUUCACAUAAGAGCUGCAGAAAUCCUACCC